CGUUAGUGGUUCAACUCGAGGGCUUAAAGGGUCUCCUUAUUUAUUUUUCACUUUUAACUAUUGAGGUAAAUAUUUCAAAGCUACUCCGCGAAAGAAGGUCCAAAGAAUUAUAAUGGAUCUGCGGGAUGAGACGAAUGUACUAAUCAAUUCCUCACGGAUCGAUCUUCGACGUGACUCGAUAGAUCCGGUAAAUCGACAGAAUUUUAAAGUCUACAAGAAGAGGUGGUAUAUACUUUUCAUGUUUUUUCUAUGUUCUGCGUUAAAUGGUGCAAAAUGGAACACUUGGAGCCCGAUUCAGGGAACCUCACAAGUUGUCUUUGGCUGGAGCGAUGCGACCAUCACUUUACUUGUUGCGUGGGGUCCGAUUGUUUUCAUCGUUAUGUUUUUACCACUGUCAUGGCUAAUGGAUGCGAAAGGUGUAAGAGCAUCAACACUCCUCUUGGGAGUUGUUAAUGUCAUAGGAGCAGUAUGUCAGGCUAUUCCGCUAGAUAAUCUGCAAAUUCAGACCUGGUUAACUCACGCCGGGGUCGCCUUCAACAGCAUUGGAGGACCAAUUGCUAUGGCAUCAGGUCCAAUAAUAUCUGCUGCCUGGUUUCCUCCACACCAGCGCACAACGUCAACUGCAUUAGCAUCACUAGCUCCAUAUAUUGGUUCUGGGCUUUCCUUUAUCAUUGGGCCCCUGUUAGUUCCAGAUGUAGGAAAUCAAAGCAGCUCAAUUGGUAAAAGCAUUGACUAUAUCAAAUUGCGAAACAACAUGACUCAUGAACAUAUAAUGUAUCUCAAGGGGAAAAUUAUGCAACUAAUGUACAUUGAAUUGGGGGCAGCAGCAUUGACUUUGCUUCUAGUUGCAGUGUAUUUUCCAAGCAAACCUAAACUGCCACCCAGUUUAACAGCAGCAGUCAAUCGUUUGGAUUUUAAAGAUGGUUUCAGACGACUCAUGAACAAUAAACAGUUUUGGCUUUUGCUGUUUAUAAAUGGGGCAACUAUAGGUGUUUAUGUAGGCUGGGUGUCUAUAUUAGACUUAAAUCUGUCACAGUUUGGUAUUGGAGAAAAAUCUGCUGGUUGGCUGGGAUUUGGUGCUUCAAUGGCUGGAAUAGUGUCAGGAAUUUCUCUAUCUGUCCUUGCAGACCACGUAUCCAGGCACAUGAAAGUAAUACAGUUUGUCCUCUUGCUUGGUUGUACAGUAUCAUUUGCCCUAUUUACAUUAAUAUGUGCAAAAAUCAUCCCUUACAACAAGGUUGUACUUUACUCAACCUUCAUCAUUGGAGGAUUCUUUGCAAAUGGAACUGUGCCCAUGUUUUUUGAGAUGGCAGUGGAGACUGCAUACCCUGUUGCUGAAGGAAUCACAUCUGGCUUCUUAACAGUGUCUUGCAAUUUUCUCCAAUUAAUAUUUUACAUAUUUCCAUUGCUGCCAAAUUUUGGACUAAGGUGGAUUAAUUGGUGUACAUUUGUGACUUAUGCUGUUUGUAUUCCAUUGCUUGCAUUGUGGAAAGAGAGAUACUAUCGAUCUGAAGUAGAUGAUCAAGGGAAAACAGAGGGAAAUGAUUCUAACAUAAACUAGACUAAAAGAAAUCCUGCCUUUUUAGCACAAGUCAAAAAAAUCUUUAAAAAUAAUUUGAUGUUUAAGCACCGCAUGGAAAUCUAGGAGUAAGGCAACAUGCAUUAGUAUCAAUUUUUUUCACUGUUUUUUUUUUCUUUUUAAACUCAUGCAACAGACUCCUCCAAGAAGGAGGGACUGCUUGUAGUCUAAACAUGAACAUUAUUUUUCAAUAAGCUAGUGUCAUUAGAGGAAGUGCUGGUAUGUGAAAGGUCAUCUGUAAUUCUAGCUUUAAGUUUAAUCGUAGAGAGACAGGGGUAUUAUUUUUGUUAAAUUUAUUGUCUGAACACUUUCUACUUCUUGAUUACCUCAUGAGCACAAAGUACAAAGUAGGAAAAUGAAGGGAAUGACUUACAUAUUAAAUACAAAUACAAAAAAUUAAUAUAUUUUCAAUCAAUGAUGAAGAUUUUACAGAUCCUACAUUUCAGAGCUACUUACACUUUUGUUAACAUAGCUAGUUAAGCCUGGUAAACCUAGCUGGUACAACUCUCUAUAAUGGAAAGAUACAC